CGUACAAGGCAAGAGUUCAUCAAAGAAACACACAGGGAGCCAAAAGUUUAAAAUGGAUCACAACGUGAGACUAGCCCUGCUGGUUGUGCUGUUGUUUGUGUACCUGUUCAUAUGUGCUGGGAUGUUCCAUGCCCUCGAACCGUGGGCGGACGCGUGGUGGCUUGGGGCCAAUAACUACACAGAGGCAACUAGAGAGUUUUACAGAAACUACACAGGAAACAAGAAUGCCACUGAUGACUUCCCAUUUGUGCCCAGGUCCUUUUUUGAGUCCUUCUUCUACAUGACAUCAGUGUUCACAACCAUAGGCUAUGGGCACAUUACACCAAUCACUACAUUUGCCAAGGUCUUCACGGCAGUCAGCGCAAACUUUGGGAUCCCGCUGCUCAUCUACAUCCUGGCAAUCUUUGGGAGCAAAGUCAGCGACCUUGUCUUGGCUGGAGAGGAUCGUUUUCUACGCCGGGUACCGGGACCGUACGGACGGCGUACAGUAACGGUGAUGCUGGUGGAGCUGUUCGGCCUCUUCUUCAUCCUGAUGAUCCCUGGCGCUAUCUUUGCGGAGUUGGAGGAUUGGAGCUUUGGUGAUGGGACGUGGUAUGCCUUUGUGAGCGUCACCACCAUCGGGUUUGGAGACCUGGUGUCGGGCCAGAGGUACGCAGGUGUAGAGGCCGACCCCAACCUGCCUGCCUUCAACUUCUACAUUCUGUGCAAGGUGUGCUACCUCCUGGUGGGAAUGACGUGGGUGGCGACUAUGUGGUACCUGGUCGCCGACGUCCUCCCUCCGGUUCGGCCAGAAGGACAGCAGGUGCAGAAGGAAGAAGAACCGGAACCAGAACCGGCACCAAGUGGCACCCUCCUGGCCAAUCAGGCUUGAGAUGGAGAAAGGAUGGGGCAUUAUCUAUGUAUUAACGUUGGUAACCAUAUGUCGCGACACUCCUAUGUCCGGCACCCAUAUAUGUAUGUUAGGGUUAGGGUUAGGGUGUUGGCACAUGGGGGUGUCGGGACAUAGGCCUGUUGGAACCUUGGGGUGUAGGAAAAUAGGGGCGUAACCAAUAGAACCAGUUAUGCUCCAUACACACAGAAUAUAAGGUAACAUCCCUGUGGCUACUCUGAUCAUAAUACUGUUCUAUUUU